AAAAACCGUCAGUCAAAGCCAAAACCGGCUAAACAUUCCAAAAGGCUAAAUAUGAAAACCUUUAUAGCAUUGGUUUUCCUUUUAUUAAAAUUUUUCGAUGUUUUUGCUGUUGAUCCCCCUCAGGGACAGUUGAGUGUUGAAGGAAAGAAAUUGUUGGGUAAUGGGAAGCCUGCUGCCCUUCAUGGAAUGUCUCUAUUCCAGUCAAACUACGAACCAGGUUUCCCUUUCUAUAACGAAGAAGUUGUCAGAGCAUUGAAAUGCCAAUGGAAUUCUAAUGUUGUUCGAGCUGCCAUGGGGAUAGAUGAAGGUGCUGAAGCUUAUAUGCAGGGCCCAGAACCAGAACAAACCCAAAAAGGGCGAGUUGAAAAGGUGAUAAAAGCAGCUAUCGAAGUAGGAAUUUAUGUGAUAGUUGAUUGGCACACACAUAAUGCUCUGAGUCAGGAAGUAAAAGAGGAUACCUGUAUUUUUGUGUCCGAGUAUGGUACUGUAAAUGCUGAUGGAAAUGGAGCUGUGGAUGAAGGUUCGACAAAGGAGUGGUGGAAAUUCUUGGACGAAAACAAUAUUUCCUACGUAAACUGGGCCAUUGAAAACAAGGAUGAAGGGGCUGCAGCUUUAAAGCCAGGCACUCAAGCUUCUCAGCUUGGUGUCGACGAGCGUUUGACUACAUCUGGAAGCUUGGUUAAAAAACAUCUUUUAGGGCAGGAUAACGGUGUCAAGUGCGACGGUUCAUCGACAGGUUCCACUUCGCCUGCUUCAACUAGUCCAACUUCUAAUGGGCCCAAAUGA